AUGUCUAGAAUUAAUGUUGCUCGAGGUAUUUUACAAGCUUUUUCUGAGCAUUCUGGAUGUCCACAUCACGCAUUUGACACCAGACCAUUCAAAGUGGCAAAGUUGACUGGUGGAGGUGUCACAAAAGAUUACGCAUUCGAGAUGAUUUGUUCCACCUUACGGUUCGGACGCGGAGUUACAGCUGAAUUGGGAUUUGAUGUCCAAAGAUUGAAUGCUAGACACACUCUUCUCGUGACUGAUAAAACUGUGGUCAAUACAAACGCAUUUAAAGUAGCUGCUCAGUCCCUCAAAGAUGUAGGUGUUAAAUAUACUGUGUUCGAUGAUUGUAUGAUAGAACCGACUGAUUCAAGUAUGCUCACUGCUCUGAACUUUGCAAGACAAAAAGGAUGUGAUAGUUUUGUUGCUAUUGGGGGUGGAUCUGUGAUUGACACAGCUAAAGCAGCUGCUCUAUACGCUUCCAAUCCUGAUUCCGAUUUUCUCGAUUUCGUUGGUGUGCCUUUCGGAAGGGGUCUUCUUCCAGAAAAUCCAAUGCUGCCUUUGAUCGCAAUUCCCACAACUGCGGGCACUGGAAGCGAAACAACAGCUGUAUCAAUCAUGGAUUUACCGGACGAAAAUUGCAAAACUGGAAUAAGAGUUCGUUGUUUGAAGCCAAUGCUAGCUUUGGUCGAUCCUCUAAACGUUCUGAGUAUGCCACGUAAUGUUGCGAUCUACUCGGGGUUUGAUGUGUUAUGUCAUGCGUUGGAGAGUUACACUGCUUUACCCUACAAUGAAAGAUCUCCAAGACCCCUUCGCCCAGAGCUACGCCCUCUCUACCAGGGAUCUAACCCUAUCAGCGAUGUUUGGAGCAAAGAAGCUUUAAGAAUAAUUGCUAAGUAUUUCCGUAGAAGUAUUGCCGAUGCAUCUGAUGAAGAAGCUAGAACACACAUGAUGAUGGCAAGUUCAUUCGCGGGCGUUGGGUUUGGUAAUGCUGGUGUUCAUCUCUGUCACGGAUUGAGUUACCCAAUCAGUUCUCAAGGCAAGCAUUAUCAUGACUGUGAUUACCCAAAAACCAAGCCAUUAAUCCCUCAUGGGUUGUCUGUUGUUACUACUGCUGUGGCAGACUUCGAGUUCACUACUCCAGCAUAUCUUGAUAGACAUGCCGAAGCUGCUCGCUGUCUAGGAGUUAACAUUCCGAUAUCUGCCGAUGCUGAGUAUGUCGCACGUUCUCUCUGUGAUGAAAUCCGAAGUUUCAUGAGUGACUUCAAGGUUCCUAAUGGAUUAAAAGAACUCGGUUUCUCAGUUUCUGAUAUAGACAAGCUAACUGAUUCCGCCGUUGCUGCUGUGCCUAAUAUUGCCAUAUCUCCUAGACGUACAGACAGAGAAAUAAUUGCUAAGUUGUAUGAAAAAUCGAUGACUGUAUAUUAG